AGGGUGGGGCGGCCCCGCCUGGCGGGAGGGGGAGGGCGCACGGGAGGAAGGAGGAAGCCGCCAUCUUGGAGCGUCGAGUCGCCAUAACAAGGCACCGGGGCAGCGAGAGGAUUUUAUACCUGGGCGAGGGGGAGAGCGGCUGGUGGCGAUUGAAGCAAGUGAAUUCUGACAUAACGUCGUUAGAGGGCUUUUUUUAAAAAAAAGUUGAUCCACAGUGCAUCAGAGCAAGUUACUGCUUUACUUUUGAGUGACUUACAGGUGCUUGCCUGCAUUGCAAUAAAGGACUCAUAUAUUGAGCAAGACUUAUUUAUCUCUUCAUUUUGGAGAGUCUAAUAAACUGUUAUUACAGUUUCUGUACUGACUUUCAAAGUUUUGAGUCUAAAAAGACAUCUUUAAAGAUAAAACCAUGAGCACGGCCAGAACAGAGAACCCUGUUAUAAUGGGUCUAUCCAGUCAGAAUGGGCAGUUGAGAGGCCCCGUAAAACCCAGCGGUGGCCCAGGAGGUGGAGGCACACAAACUCAGCAGCAGAUGAACCAGCUGAAAAAUGCCAACACAAUCAAUAAUGGCACUCAACAGCAAGCACAGAGUAUGACCACCGCUAUUAAACCUGGUGAUGACUGGAAGAAGACUUUAAAACUCCCUCCAAAAGAUUUGAGAAUCAAAACUUCGGACGUGACCUCCACAAAAGGAAACGAGUUUGAAGAUUACUGUUUGAAACGGGAGUUGCUGAUGGGAAUUUUUGAAAUGGGCUGGGAAAAACCAUCUCCUAUUCAGGAGGAGAGCAUCCCCAUUGCUUUAUCUGGUAGGGAUAUCUUGGCUAGAGCGAAAAAUGGAACAGGCAAGAGUGGAGCCUACCUCAUUCCUUUACUUGAACGGCUAGACCUAAAGAAGGACAAUAUACAAGCAAUGGUGAUUGUUCCCACCCGUGAGCUAGCCCUGCAGGUCAGUCAAAUCUGUAUCCAAGUCAGCAAACACAUGGGAGGUGCCAAAGUGAUGGCAACAACAGGAGGAACCAAUUUGCGAGAUGACAUAAUGAGACUUGAUGAUACAGUGCAUGUGGUGAUAGCUACCCCUGGGAGAAUCCUCGAUCUCAUCAAGAAAGGAGUAGCAAAAGUUGAGCAUGUCCAGAUGAUAGUAUUGGAUGAGGCAGAUAAGUUGCUGUCUCAAGAUUUUGUUCAAAUAAUGGAAGAUAUUAUUCUCACGCUACCUAAAAACAGACAGAUUUUGCUCUACUCAGCCACUUUCCCUUUGAGUGUACAGAAGUUCAUGAAUUCCCAUUUGCAGAAACCCUACGAGAUUAAUCUUAUGGAGGAGCUGACUUUGAAGGGAGUUACUCAGUACUAUGCCUAUGUCACUGAGCGUCAGAAAGUGCACUGCCUCAACACGCUCUUUUCCAGGCUCCAGAUUAACCAGUCGAUCAUUUUCUGCAACUCCUCUCAACGGGUUGAAUUGCUAGCCAAAAAGAUCUCCCAGCUGGGCUAUUCCUGCUUCUAUAUACAUGCUAAAAUGAGGCAGGAGCACCGCAAUCGUGUAUUCCACGAUUUCCGGAAUGGCUUGUGCCGCAAUCUCGUUUGCACUGAUCUGUUUACCCGAGGUAUUGAUAUCCAGGCUGUGAAUGUGGUGAUAAACUUUGAUUUCCCAAAGCUGGCAGAGACUUAUCUUCAUCGCAUUGGCAGAUCAGGUCGCUUUGGUCAUCUUGGCUUGGCCAUCAACUUGAUCACCUAUGAUGAUCGAUUCAACCUGAAAAGUAUUGAGGAGCAGCUGGGAACUGAAAUUAAACCCAUACCAAGCAACAUUGACAAGAGCCUGUAUGUGGCAGAAUACCACAGUGAACCUGUAGAAGAUGAGAAACAGUAAACAUGUAUGUUUGCUUUGAUUACACAUGCCAGAAGGUGAAGCCCUAUGAUCCAGAUCUGUGACACAUCGUUUCUUUGGGGAUACCCUUCUCUUUGUGGGUUUUUCUUCGUCUUUUCAUUUCGAAACUAUGAAGACUAAAGAGCUCGGCCUUUUUUUUUAUUUUAAAUUUGGCAGCAAGGAAGAAAGAAGAUAAAAGGAGGAAUGUCUUUUUGUUUUUCCACUUGUUUGCACUGUGUGCUGAUUGAACAUUAGUUGCACUAACUGCUGGUUUUAAAUUUUGUUUUCUUUGGGUGGGAGGGGCAGCAAGGGAAGAAGAGAAACCCUGAAAAGAGAAGAAUCUUGAUGAACACGAGCUUGUCUGCUAUUUCAAAUUCUUCAACCAUCGACUGAGUGCAUUUCAACUUCUCCCUGAUUACUCAUCUGUUUUUAAGCUAAAGAGCUUGUUACUUAUUCGUGCAAAGUGCCUUAUGCUAUGAGACCAUUCAGAAUAUCACCUUUCCAACACAGCCCAAGGAAUCAACAGCCGUUUUUGGUUUCAGGUCAAAGUUCCCCUCUCUUCCCCUUCUCCUCCUUCCCAAGUACUUAAGCCCAGGGCUGGGAGGUGAAAUGUAUUGGUAAUACUACUUUUUUCUUCAACUUUUUUUUUUAACUGGAGGAGUUGAUAUGCAUCUGCAGUUCACCCAAACUGUAAAUAUCUGUAUUUAAAAUGAAACCAACUUAAAAUCUGGGCUGAUUAGGUGCAGCAUCAUAGCUCCAGAAGGAAAGAGUAGCCUGUCAUCCUUUGCAGGAGCCAUAAGAAAAGCCCUGUGCUCUAGCAGAACACUAAAGACUGGUUUCCAUAAGGGUCUCCAUUAGUAGUUACAGCACUUGAUAUGUAGACUUGUUUCAGAGCCAUGGCCCUCUUUCCUCUGGUGCAGUGUGUCCCAUAGAAAAUCAGAUGUGUAUAUUGUACAAACUUUGUAAAUAUUUUUUUUUUUCUGUUUGGGUUCAUAUAUAAGUUUUUCUUUUGUGAUGAAGGUUGCUGGGGUUAAAGGGAUUAGACUGAUUAUGGGAGCAGCUAAAGAUGAGAGGGGCUCAGUUUUCUGCAACACUAAACAGCAAGAAGUGCUCUGACCUCUGUGAAGUGCAGGCCUCCACAAGUGUCCCUUGUCAGUGUGCGUGUACUUUGGUGCUGGCAACACUGUCCUGUACCACCUGUAUGGAAGAGAUCACUUGGGGGGCUCCGAGGUCUCCAAAUCCAUAGCUCAGCCUUUUUGGAGAUGCUCUUUGAUUUCCCCCUUAGAAACUUCAGGAGCUUGACAAACUCUGAAGGGGGCCAUGACCUGUUUUCUACCAUGGUGGGAGGGAAAUCCAGUGGGUGUCAGAAUUGCUGAGCAAUAGAUGCUUAAGAUGUGGAUUUGGGUUUGAGAGACAAUAGAAAACCAGUUUACAUGCACAAACUGACAGUUCUGGAGCUUUAUGGAAUUGAUUCACUUCCUGCAGCACUGUGUAUUUUCUGCCCAGAGCAGCCUCUGUGCAGAACUGUAAGCAGGUAAGGGCAAACCCCUGUUAACGUCAGAAGCGGCAGGAAGCUGCUUGCCAUCUCCUCUGGUUUGGCAUGAGUUGCUGUCUGUCAUUUUGCACUGUAUAUUGCUGAAAAGUGCUAUCUAGUCAAGUUGGUGUUGCUUUAAAUUGUGCCCCUCCCAACAUGCUUGAUGUUUGGCCUGAUCUACAGGCAAAAGGAGUGAGACAAAUCAAAAACUACUCUUUUAAAAAUCCCUUUUAGCCUGUUCACCACCACUGUCAGGAGGCACCUGGAUGAAUGCAAUCCCUUUUGCUCAUUUGUUUAUUGCACAUACAGAUGCUGCACUCACCAUGCUUGCUUACCUUUGAGGCAGGAAUUGUCUUAAUUUCUCCCAUUUUUACCCUUUUUCUUUUUUUUUUUUUUUUGAAUUGGAGUAAAAUUGUUUGGAACAACAAGGCAGACUUUAGCCAUCUGUUUCCUUGAGGAUCAUACAGAACAAGCCAGGUGCCUCCUGACAACAACUUUUUAAGAUGGAAAGGUUUUUGUGUUUGGGAUGUUUUUCUUCCUUUUG